UUUCCUAUGAUCCUAAGGUAGCAGCCAGGAUAAGAUCCUCUCUCAUCUUCCCUACUUGACCAGCUCAUAGAUAUUUAUUUAGGGGGUGGAAAUUUGUUUCAGCCCCAGAUAUUUCAGGAUGGUCCUGGCUUAGCUGCAAAUUGAGAGUCUGAAAAAAAGUAAAGUUAAAAAUGAAUUUUCAGGCAAAAUGACAUUACACAUAUCUAAGCAUAAAAUUGCUUUAUGAAAUAAAUACUGUUUAUACCAUACUACUAGCUGUGGAAUAUUGCCUAGGAAAUGUUAUAAUGUACUUGUCAUUGUUAAUGUUCUCUUGUGCCAUGCUAACUACAGGGUAUGGCAUCAAGGAUUAUGGAGACGUGAUGUUUGAUGAUGUUCCCAAUGAUGGUCCAUGUCACAAUGUGAAAAAUCCCAGAUCUGUUGGGAGGGCUAAUGAGAAGCUAGCAAAUACUGUAGCGGAAGUGAAGAAAAGUGGAAGAACCUGUUUGAUACUUGGUGGGGAUCACAGUUUGGCAAUAGGAACCACCUCGGGGCAUGCAAAAGUUCACCCAGAUCUUGGUUUAGUUUGGUUUGGUGCCCAUGACAUUAACACACCACUAACAUCUCCAAGCGGGAACCUGCAUGGGCAGCCCAUGGCUUUCCUCAUAAAGGAACUGAAGGACAAGGUGCCUGAUGUUCCAGGAUUCUCAUGGGUAAUUUCUUGCCUGUCUGCUAAGGACACUGUAUAUAUUAGCCUGAGAGAUGUGGACCCUGGUGAACACUGCAUUGUGAAAUCUCUGGACAUUAAGUGCUAUUCAAUGAGUGAAGAAGAUAAACUCGGGAUUGGGAAGGUGAUGGAGGAAACACUUAGCUAUUUGCUAGCCAAUAAGAAGAGACCAAUUCACUUAAGUUUUGAUGUUGAUGGCUUGGAACCCUCUCUGAUACCAGCUACAGGCACCCCUGUUCCUGGAGGAAUGACUUUUAGGGAGGGCAUAUAUAUGACAGAAUAACUUUAUAAAACAGGAUUGCUCUCAGCAGUAGAUAUGAUGGAGAUCAAUCCAUCUUGUGGGAAGACACAGGAAGAAGUUAAUUCAAUAGUGAACACAGCUAUUGCUAUGAUCUUGUCCUGUUUUGGAGCAAUGUGAGAAGGCUCUCAUAGUUUCAGUUACUCUAUUCCCCAGCCACAAACAUUCAUCUGAACAGUCUCAAUUAUAUUCAAUUGUGUUUUUUAGUAUUAAAAUACAAUAUGCCAUUAAUGGCAGUUACUUAUUUUUAUGGACAACUUUAAUGACUUGAAGCAUGAAAUAAGUCUUUCUUUGUGCCCCAAACAAUGAGAUGCUAAUAAAGCCUGGAAAUGUUAGGCAACAGAGGUGAUCACAUACAAUUUCUCAUACAAACAGUAAGUGUCAAGUCAAACCA